AUGGGAAGGAUUCAUGAAUGUGCAAGUGAAACAAUUGCUGAUAAAUAUGUGAGGUUCUUAAUUCGUGGCAAAUUGGGGCGCACAGUGCCUGUGAUUUUAGACAUGGAAAUAGUUCAGUGCAUUGAACUAAUUUUAAAAUAUCGAAAGGAUGCAAACGUUCCUCAAAAUAAUCCUUACGUAUUUGGAAUACCUAAUUAUAGCAAUAAGCGCAAUUUCAAAUAUUUAAGAGCAUGUGUUCUUAUGAGGAAUUUCUCUAAAAAGUGCGAUGCACAGAUGCCACAUGCAUUAAGAGGUACUGAAUUGCGAAAACACAUUGCUACGACAUGUAUUACGUUGAAUUUAUUUGAAAAUGAAGUAGAUGAUUUGGCAAACUUUAUGGGGCAUCACGAAAAAAUUCACAAACGCCACUAUCGACAGUCUAUACCAGCGGUAGAGAUUAUUAGAAUGACCAAAUUUCUGGAAGCAGCAUUAGGUGAAGAUGCACAACAAUCCAAUGCUAAUGAUCCAGAAGAGACAGUAAAAGAUUCCUCGAGUGAAAGAGAAGAAAGCGAUUCUGAAAAGAGUGAGAUAAAUGAAUCCUUGUCAGUGCAGAAGCAAAGCGAACGCAACAAAAGUCUGCCAUUUUGA